AUGUCCAGUCCUACCGAGAAGAUGAGCGCCGCCGCCGUGGCCACACUCGAUGGUCUCGUUCCGCCUACGGUUUCAGCUGCAGAGUCCCCAGGCCAGCGGCGCACCAAUUCGCCUGCCAGCUGUCACUCUUCUGCGUCGUCACCAACAACCACCGGCUCGACCCGAAGCACUAGCGAAGGAUCCCCCUCGUCGGCCGAGACCGAUGCCACCUCGGUUUCGGAGCUCGCUUCGGGCCCGUCGAACGCGCCCUUUGUCUGGUCAGAGACCCGCCAAGAGCUCUGCGAGAGCCUGCCGUACUAUCGCGCCUACCAGUCCGGCUCCUACGUGAAGGGCAUCAGUGUGGGUAGCCGCCCAAGCUUCAAGAGGGACGAUGCGCUCGUGGUGCGCGAUUCGUUUGUAGUCGGCUACCUCCUCGGUGGCUGCCCCUCUCGCCGCGACAUUUGGGCCAGCGACGGCCGCGUCAUCAUCUCUCACGGCGGCGGCAAGAGCGCAAACGUAGACGAUCACACCGCUGGCGGCGUCGACGAGGAUAGUUCGCGUCCCGCGGCCUCGUCGUCCAGCAAGCUCCAGCUCAAGGGCGAUCAGGAGGAGGACGACUCGGUCAUUGCCUCGCUCAUCCAGACCAUGAGGAUGAAGGUGCCUCUCGUUCUCAUCGCGGCAGAGAACUAUGCCCUGCUGCCGAUGAAGCUCAACUGUAGCUUUGCCGUGCUUGGCUGGUACAUCAUCACGGAUGGAUGGGCAGAGAAAGAGGAGGACGACGACCUCCUGGGCGGCAAGAGCUUCGUGCGGUGGAAGUUCCGCUUCGAGUGGAUCCAGGCACAAGGGGAGCCAUGGUGGUGUCUCGGGCCGGAGCUGCACAGAAGCGCCACUUGGAACCCUCGCCAGCGGAAGGAGCGAUUCACCAAGGCGGAGCGCGAUCUGCCCGCCCUGGCACCACAUUAUCAGAAGGCGAGCCGAAGGCUCAAGGUGACCCUCGGAGACACCGCGAAGGCAUUCGACGAGGGCGUAGAGCGACCGCGGAAGCGACUGAGAAGCCAGGUCGGACCAAAGAAGGGUUUGCCUCUGGUACCGGCGCCAAAGCUGUCUCUGCACGCCGACGCCGACGUAGCCAUCGUCUCGCCCGUCUCUGGCAUCGUCACGCACGUCAAGCGCGAGGGCGGUCUCGUCGCCUACUCGUUCAACUUUCCCAAGCGAAUGGGCGGAUGCGCCGUCCACCUCGUCCAGGCCGAUGUCGAACACGGCGCGACCGAGGAUACGGCCGAUCGGAUCUUUGCGGGAUUCCAGCAGGGCUCUUGGCCGCAGGAGGACCCAGACGAGAGCCGGAAAAAGAAGAAGAAGGGCAAGAAGAGGAAGAGGGCCAGCGGCAGCAAGAUGGACAUCGGCUUUAUCACGGACGACCAGGAGUCGGGGCGGUCGACGCUCGUGCCCUUCCGGCGGCAUCCGCUGCGGUCCUCUUCGCUCAAGGGCGCGAUGCUGACGCAGCAGUUCACCGUCAACUACGGCAUGGCCUACAAGCACGCCGUGGCGAUGGGGACCAACCCGAUCGACGCCACCACGCCGCGAUGCGUCACGUCGUCCAUGUCGCUGAUCCGCGCACGCACCGCCGCCGUCUGCCCUCUGGACGACGAGGGGGUGCAUCGCAGUUCGUCGACAUCCGAGGCGAUGCAGCGCGGCUUCAACGAGGCGUACGGGUGCCUCUACCUGCCCUUCCAGUCGAUGUCGUUCCAUGACGACGGCGAGCCGGGACUGGGCCCAAUCGUCUCGUCGCUCUCGCUGGGAGCCGAGGCGACGAUGAAGUUCCGCGUCAAGGCCAAGUUGCUCCUCGACUCUCCGUCGUCAUUGUCGGGGGGUCGGGGGAGCAGGGAGCAGGCGGCGGCGCGGGCCAUGAGGCAGGAGAUGCAGACGCUCAACCGCGACCGCACCGUGCUCACGCUCCGUCUGCGCCAUGGCAGCGUGUGCGUGCAGGAGGGCGCGGAACUGCAGAAGCGCUUCGAACAUGCCGUCGAACCUGGAGGAUUCAGGGUGGCGUGCACCACCCGCUUCAUCGAUCCCGACAUCAAUGGUCGAUAG